AAACACCAUAGACAACGAACGCUUUGGAAGGUGAUGCUGAGGUAUCGUAGAUAAUGCAGCAUAGCAUAUCCAUUGGCACUGCUGCAUUUCCCACACACAAGACUGCUGUGAUCGUAACAUUGCAUCUGGGUCCAUUAGCCUGGUCUGAAUCUGUCCUUUAUUCAAUGUGCACAUUUGUUCCGCUUCCUGUUGUACUAGUGUCAUCAUACAGAGUUAGAUAUUUACUCCGGUGAUGGGUGACUCAUUACUUUUACAGGUGUUUCGGCCACUUGUAUCAAUGAAGAUGUCUUUAAAGCAUACAUCACCCCAAAAAACAGAGGAACGGAAAGGCUGUGGGGAGAUUGUACACUCAAAAUAUCAGCUAUCUCCCCCUCCUGAACUUACAGUAAAGGGCGAUUCUUUGACAGUGUCUUCACAAGAUCAGGCUUUUGAAUGCACAGAGAAAACUGAAGUUGAUAAAGCAGUGCGAUUUUGGAACAACCUAAUUCACAAUGCAAAUGUGGACUUUGCAUUUCAAAGGUUGUAUGCUUUUUUAAACGCUCUCAAUCAAUGCAUCAAGGAUGGGUCUGCAACAGAUCAAGAGUAUGUGAAGGCCAUGAACUUCAUGCUUGAAGCUGACAUUGUAACUGAUUUAAAUGGUGAAGAAAAUGCUGUUAUGAAAACGGAGGCUGACAAAGAGAUCAGUGCAGAAAAUGCAGAGCCUAAUGAAACAGCAGAAGAUCCUGUGUUAGAAGAGGGCCUUGUUGGAAUUAAGGAAAAUGAGCCUUCCGGCACAGUCACAACUCCCUUGGAGGAUCUUAAAGCUCCAAGUUUUCCGUCGGCUGUUUCUUUCCAACCCCAUGCUUGUUGCCGGACAUGCCUCCCAGUUAGGCCGGAGACGGCAGAGCAGUUCAGAGGUCAGAACCCCCUGAAAAUCCCCCUGCUGUGCCACUUUCAGAGGGCACACGCCAAGGCCGACUGGAGGAGCUUCCAGAAUGUGUCGCUGAACGUGUUCUACAAGGCCCCGUGCGGCAGGAGCCUGCGUGAUUUUCAAGAGCUUUGUCAGUAUGUGCUCGAAACGGAGUGUGACUUCCUGUCUCUGGAGUACUUCUCGUUCAACACGUACGUGCAAGUCUACCGGAGUGCUGCUUUAACGGAGCCCCUUGCUUUUGAGCAGGACCUGAGUAGAGGUGAGGAGCUGGUGGCUGUGGAGUUCCAUAACGAUGUGGAUGAGACCAAGCCGGACACGUUCAAGUACAGGAAGGACAGGUGGCCCCACGGGUGUUUUAUAAAUGGCUCAGACAGCAUGUUUGUGGACUGUUGCGAUUGUACAGAUGGAUGCGUGGAUGAGACAAAAUGUGCUUGCCUGAAACUAACUGCGAAAGCCUGUGCCUUGAAGCGCAACAAGAAAAAACGAAGUGGCCCACCACCAUAUAAAUACAAACGGCUAAUGAAGCCAGUGCCUUCUGGGAUUUACGAGUGCAGCGCGUGGUGCAGAUGCGACUUAAAAUUGUGCCAAAAUCGAGUGGUACAGCAUGGCCUUCGAGUCCGACUCCAGGUGUUUAAAACGGAGGAGACCGGCUGGGGAGUUCGCUGUCUGGAUGACAUUGAUGAAGGGACAUUUAUAUGCACAUAUGCAGGUAAAAUUUUAAUAGAGGGUACGGAAGAUGGAUUCAAAACUAAUGGCACAGAGCUGGAGGCUGGCCAUGGGGAUGCAGAUCCAGCAGGACAGGCAAUAAAGAGAAAACGAGAAGCAGCAUCUUCAGAUGACGACAUCGAGGUGAUUGAAGAGCCGCAAGAGGCACGGGAAUGCAGUCUGCCUGAGGAUCUCGCAGCUCCCCAGCAAUCCACUGACAGCAGCAAGGACUCUGAAAAAGAUGCUAUGGGGAUAGAUUGUGGAAAUAUGUCGCCAUGCCUCUCUGUGAUAAAGAGACCCCUGAGCAGGACGGCAAUGCUCCAGGCCAGGCUGGAAAAGCUGAGAGAGGAGGGUGCAAUCAAAUGCCAUCCCAGCAGCUCUGAGGACGAAGAAGAUGAAAAAGUGCAUUUCUCUCCCAGAACCAAAGUUCAUAAAAAAAAUGGUCCAUUGAAAUCAAAUUCACCCAAGACCAGAACUAGAUCAGCAGGUCUUGUAGCAAAGGCUGUUGCUGUCCCAGAUGUCAUCCAGCAAGUUGUGGAAUCGGCUGCCAUUGGACAAAAUGUAACGAACCACUCUGACCAUGAAAGAAAAGAAGAUUUAAAAUUGACUCGGGUGUGGUCCCUCACUGAAGAGAGAAGCGAAGCUAAAUUAGAAGAAAGUGCAUCAGGCCACCAGAAGUCAAUAGAUCAUGACCCAGAGUAUCAUUAUUACUUAGAUGCAACGGAGGAGGGAAAUGUAGCCCGGUUUCUUAAUCACAGCUGUUAUCCAAAUCUCUUUGUGCAGAAUGUAUUUGUUGACUCGCACAACAGGAAUUUUCCCUUAGUGACGUUCUUCACAAACAGGCAUGUAAAGUCAGGUACAGAGCUAACCUGGAAUUAUAAGUACAAGGCUGGAAGCACACCUGAGAAGGAAAUUGAAUGCCAAUGUGAAAAAGAGACAUGCAAGACCAAACUGCUUUGAUAUAAACCACAUUUACUUUUGACAUUUGUUUUUUGACAGUACACUUGUCUUAAGCGUAAGAAAAUAACUGAAGUGAUGCCAACCGAAGAACCUGAACCUAAUGCAAUAAGAGUUGUUGAAUAUUUGGUGUUCCUUAUUUAUUGUGUGUUCAAGGUACUGUAUUUGUCUUACCAGAUUCAGUACUACUGUACUUAAGUUAUUGAAGUCUUUUUUUUUCCAUCUUGAUUAAAAGACAUUGGGGGCUCCCGAGUGUUGCAUCCAGUAA